UGCGGAGACCGAUAUACGAGAUAUCCUUGAUGAGGCCCGUCUCCUUCCCAUCCCUCGCCCCCCUCUCGCCCGCUGUCGACCGCCCCCGCCGUCUGCACCGAGCGCGCCCUUCCCAGACCACCGCGGAUGCGCUGAUUUCUCCCAUCGAGUGACCGUCUGUCCGCGACAACUCGGGCCCGACAAACCGCGAACGUUCAAUCGUGUUCUCUAUUUGUACCACAGAGCGUGCGUUGCAGACCGUGUUGUGGGCGGAACGCUGGCUCAAGUCUCGAUCAGUGGUGUGACACCCAAUCUGGCUUUCACCAAGGGAGGCGCAGACCAGGGCUCCCUAACCUGCAUGAUGGUUAAGCAGUCCGAAUGGUCAACGCGCCUGCCGUCAGAGCUCCGCAAUCUCAUCGCCGAGCAUCUCUCCAAUGAUACGCAUUCGCUCAGCUCGCUCGGGCUCACCAGCCGCUCGUGGGUGACCCCGACCCAAGUCGCCCUCUUCCGCUUCGUCCGCCUCCUGGGGUCGUACCGAUACCGUCAGCUCGAAAAUAUCCUCGAUGAGGCGCCAGAGAUCGCGGCGUACAUCCGCGGACUGGCGAUCAUCUGUGAUGGCACCUUCACAUGGAUGGACCAGGACGCGCCCCGGAUACUCGUCCGCCUGCGCCACGUCGAGGAGCUCAGCAUCCGGAACUGGUGCGCGACGCUCAUGACGGACGAGACGCGGCACAGUCUGCGCCUCUGCUUCCCCAAGGUCCAGGUGGUGCACAUGCAAGACGUCGCAUUCGCCGGGAACGACUUCGCCGUCAUGCUGUGCGCGAUCCCGAAGCUCGCCCGCCUGCACCUGCACGACGUGCACUGGUCGUUCCGUCAGCGCCCCAUGGUCGCAGCGUCCCCCCUCGGCGACAACCGGGUCGACACGCUGUACUUUCACGGGACGUCGCCGCUCGUGCUCAGCUGGCUCGCCAAAGAUGGCCCGCUCGACUUCCGGCUCCGCGCACUCGACGUCGCAUGGGAACACCCAUCCGUGUCCGCCGACGUCGGCCGUGCGCUCGAACG